AUGGUCGGAAAGAACAACACCCAAGACUUAGAGAAAGAGAUUGCCGAUCUCGAGUAUCGUUUGCGCGACGCCCAGACCCGCCUCGCAUUAGUCUGUCCCCAGGACGACAAGGGGUUGUCCUCAGCAGUGUCCAAUGUAGACAUUCCAUGCCCUCCACCCAACCAUGCGUUGUUUCUACUGUCAGACUCUGCCCUCCCACUGGGCUCGUUUGCGUACUCUAGCGGUCUGGAAUCGUACUUGUCCCACCACAAGCCUCUACCUCGCUCGGUGACCACAAUCGCCUCCUUCCACCGCUUUCUCAAACUCUCUAUCGCAUCGAUCGCAAGCACUUCCCUGCCGUAUGUCCUUGCAGCGUAUAGAAACCCCGAGGAUCUCGAGACGCUGGACAACGACCUAGAUGCAUCGACACCCUGUAUCGUGGCGCAACGGGCGAGUAUCGCUCAAGGAAGGGCAUUGCUUGGCGUUUGGGAACGGGCUUUCCGAACCUUCUAUGCCUCGGCAUCCUCCAGGGGACCGGCUGCCGUGACGGCUGUGAAAGCCAUCGAGGAUUUCUCCGAUGCGCUCAAGUCUUUUAUUGGCAAUGUGGACGAACUGGGGCCGAAGGGCCAUCUUGCACCGCUGUGGGGCAUUGUAUGCCUGGCUAUGGGUGUGGAUCUCCAGCAGACGGCGUAUAUCUUCGUGUUGAACCAUGCGAAGGCUAUCCUCAGUGCUGCAGUUCGUGCCUCUGUGAUGGGACCUUAUCAGGCUCAAAGUGUCCUGGCCAGCAAGGCCUUGCAAGACAUGAUUACCCAACGUAUAGACCGAGAAUGGCACACGGCAGUCGAAGAUGCCGGCCAGGUUGUUCCCCCACUUGACCUCUGGGUAGGUCGACAUGAGCUUCUCUAUAGCAGAAUAUUCAAUUCAUGA